AUGGAUAAAGGAAGAAGAUUCUUUGAAGAGGAAUGUACUGAUAGUUUAGUUCUUGCUUUGUCUGACCUUGAGUUAAAGAAAGAAGGUGAGGAGAAUAAAAAAGAGGUGGAAAGGAAUGGAACACAUAAGUGGUCUGGACUUCCAAAAGAUAUGAUAGAGAUUAUUUUGGAACGACUAGUGUUUCCUGAUAAUCUGCGAUUCGCAGCAGUUUGUGUGCCAUGGAGAAGGGUUUCUAUGGAAAGACGCCUAAUGCACAAAUAUCCCUGGGUGAUGUUCUCAUUCUCUCCCCAAACUAAAAUUCUUAGCUUUUUCAGUCUCUCAGAGAGUAGGGUUUAUCAUAUCAAUAUACCUUGGCUGGAAGCGAGACAAUGUUUUGGUUCUUGCAAGGGUUGGGUUUUGGCUUCCAACCCCAACCCGAAGCAUUGUUUUCUCAUCAAUCCGUUCUCAAGAGAAGCCCCAAUCAUUGUGCUUCCUUAUUUGGACAGUUGGGCUGGAAAACCUAUUUAUUGCUGGCACAGUCAGAAUUUCUUUCACAAAGUGAUUUUGUCUUCCAACCCUACUGAACCUGGCUGCCUUGUUUUAGCCAUUAUGGAUUCAUGUGGGUUAGCAUAUUGUAAACUUGGGGAUAACGAAUGGGUGGUAUUCAAGGAUAUUAAAAGGGACGACUUUGGAGAGGAUGUUGUGUUUUACAAUGGGCAAGUUUAUGCACUUUCAGUGAUUGGUCAUCAGCUUAUGGUUUUGGAUAUGGAAGAUCCGGUUCAAGUUUUUCCUCUAUAUCCAAGAAAACAAGACAUCAGUGUAUGUCCAUUUAUGGAUAUAAUUGAUCAGGAGCCUCUUUUUGAAGAUGCCUCUUUUUAUCACAAUUACCUUGUGCAAUCCCAGGGGAAUCUAUUGCUGGUUUCUAGGAUCUAUAGAGAUGCCACGGGGAGUCUUGAUGAUCGUGGUUUUUUUACACACUGUGAAUGUGGUAGAAAGAUGUUUCCUCGUAGAUAUCUUCAAACUAUCAGAUUUCUUGUAUACAAGCUGGUGGAGUGUAAUCUAGAAUCAAGUGGUGAUUCUAAUUUUAGAUACAAUUGGGUCAAACAAUCAAGAUUGGGUGAUGAUCAAGUGUUGUUCUUGGGGAGAGGUUUCUGUCAUUCUCUCUCCACUGUUGGCUGCCCGGGUUUGAAAGGAAAUACAAUUUAUUUCACAGAUGAUGGUAAGGUAGUGCUCAAUCCACCUCAGCAAAGGGACAUGGGAAUCUACCAUCUUGAUGACGGCCAAAUCGAGCCCUUGCUUCCAUUUGAUUCCUCUCAGUUCAAUGUUUUGCCUUUCUGGAUCAUACCUUCGACAUGA